UUGUCAACUGUAAUUGUAAACUUUGUUGAAAAUUUUCAGAGAAAUAGUUCUACAGAGGUCAAGAUGACAAACUGUAUCUCGUAGAAGGGCGAAUGUACCUGCUGCAUUUCAAUCAAAAUAAUCCAGACGAGAACUGCGUCGAAAAUCAGUCAUGAUCGUUUGAGACUCGUAAUUACAUACACCUUGUGGUUACAUAUUUUCUUCCUGACGCAGAUUCCUUAAACACGGAAAUGCUGUCAACUUCGUUGACUACAUGUUGUCUGGCAUUCACGUUAUGAUCUCAAAGGUUUGAAGACAAUUUGCUAGAGUUGUAUCACUGUUUUGACUGAAGUGGAAAGGGUGGCAAGUCGCGGGCUCAUUAACUCAAGAACCAAAUGAAAGAUAAAGGUGUCCAUGAUAGCUCACAAAGCGAUGACAACAAUGAGGCAUUGAAACGAUCUCCUUCUUCAGUAGUCCCCUCGUUCUCUAUUCCUGACAUAAAGCUGUUUGAAAAGGAGUCUAGAUCAACACAGCUUGUUUUUAGCUACAAAGGAGGAAAAAAGGUUCCAAAACUUAGAGAACCUAGAAAUUUAUUUGCAUUCAGCAAAGACAAAGGACAGCAGGCCUCUCCAAGAUGGCCAUAUCAGAUGAAGAUUUUGCCGACAAGGCCCAAACACAUACAGUACAUUCCAAGAAAUACAGAACCUUUCAUUAAGCCAGAGAAGACAGCUGAUGAUGAAAGUCUAACAAAGUUAUCUUGUGAAGGUGGUAAAGUUGUAUAUAACAAUGAACCUGGACCUGAAAAAUAUUUUCUCAGGUCACGUGUAGGUGGAACCCAGAUUUCUAACAAACCUUUUUACAAGCUCAAGUCACCUGAGGACUCUACUUUACUAUUUGAAUCUCGGUUUGAAUGUGGAAAUCUGUUGAGGGCAUUGAAAGUUAAUGAUGCUGAAUACCAGUUGUGGCUUAGAAAUGAUUUGUACACCAACAAACACACACAGUGGUAUUACUUCAGAGUUCAGAACACAAGACCAACCGUCCGGUAUAAGUUCACCAUCAUGAACCUCCUUAAAUCUGGCAGCUUGUAUAAUGAGGGAAUGAGGCCUUUAUUUUACUCCGAACUGGAUGCAGCAACAAAGAAAAUUGGCUGGAUUAGAACUGGAGAGAAUAUAAAGUACUACAAGAAUGCUAUCAAACGUGAAGACACAACGAAAGAAAAGUACCAUUACUCAUUAACAUGGACUUGUGAAUUUCCCAAUGAGAAUGACACGUAUUAUUUUGCUCACUGUUAUCCAUACACCUAUUCUGACUUGCUAGAAUAUCUUCAAAACUUGAGGAACGACCCAGUGCGAUCACGGAUAUGCAAACAAAGAGUGUUAUGCCGGACCCUUGCCGGCAACUUUGUUUACACACUCACUGUCACGAACCCAUCAAGAAGGCCAGCUGAUGCUGAGGUAUGGAAUGGAACUUAA